UCGGGCUUGUGUUAACAACCGGAGCGCGCUUGGCUCCUGGGUCCCGGGUCCGGAGCCCGGGUCUGUCGCCCCCCUAGCUCCAGCCGCGCUGACGCGGUUCUCCCGCAGGGCUCGCGGCACGCCUGGGACCGCAGGCUCGCACCCCGGCCAUGUCUACCUUGGAGGCUGCAACCACGGCAGACGCCGCCGAGACCAGCUGCAGGCCCAAGUCCAACAGUCCGCGCACGAUCCCGGUGAUUGGGGUGGUGACCCCGCAAGAGGAUGUGCAGGGUAUUUUCAAGUCUAUGGACCUUAAUCGCAUCAUCAGACUCCUUGAAGUAAAUGAUAAGGAUGACUUAGAAGAAAAACAACUUAAUAGUGUCACAAACCUGGUACAAUAUUAUCAGAAUGGAUUUCCUCUAAGGGACCUGGCACAGGUGUUUAAAAUCCUGAGUCUGUGCGCAGAUAAAAUUGAAAAGCAGCCCUGCUUUGUGGAACCCGCGUCUGACCUCAUAAAACUGUGUGGCUUGCCAUUUUUGAAAAAGAAAGUAUCAGAUGAAAUAACCUAUACUGAAGAUACUGCUAAUUCACUUGCACUUCUGGGUGAAUUAAUGAAAGUACGAAGUUCUAAAUUAAGGAUACAAAUUUGCAAGUGUAUUGUUGACUUCUAUCAUGCACAGCCACCAAAAAAGCAUAUUCCAGGCUACCAGCAGGUUAGCUCUUCAUACAAGAUCAAGAUGGCUGAAGUUGGAGGAUUGGCAAAAGCAAUGAUUCAAUCCGUGCACUUGCUUGAAAUUCAGCUCAUUGAGAAACUUUGGGUUCUUAAAGUUCUGCAGCAUCUUUCCACGUCUGAAGCUAAUUGCACUUUAAUGGUGAAAUCCCAGGCCGCCAGCAGAAUCUGUGCUCACCUCAAUGACCCGGAUCCCUCAGAACAGCUCCUAUUUCGUUCAUCAGAGAUACUUUGGAACUUACUGGAAAAAUCCUCAAAGGAGGAAAUUAUACAACAGCUUAGUAACUUGGAAUGCCUGCUGGCUUUGAAGGAAGUAUUUAAAAAUCUGUUUACCAAGGGCCAAAGUCAUUAUGACCGUCAGCUUAGAAAUGAUAUAUUAGUUAUCACCACAAUUAUAGCUCAGAACCCUGGAGCACCAAUGAUUGAAUGUGGCUUUACCAGAGAUUUGAUACUGUUUGCAACUUUCAAUGAAGUUAAAAGUCAAAAUCCUUUGGUAAAAAGUCUUAAGCUUUCUAAUUCCUAUGAAGAUUUUGAGUUGAAGAAAUUGCUAUUCAAUAUAAUUGUGAUCUUGUGUAAAGAUUUAACUACUAUACAGCUAUUAAUCGAUGGCAAAGUUAUUUUGGCGCUGUUUACCUAUGUCAAAAAGCCUGAGAGACUCAAGAUCAUCGAGUGGUCUGCGGCGCAGUAUGAAGAGCUACAACUGCACGCGAUUGCCACCUUGUCCUCAGUGGCGCCUUUGCUAAUAGAAGAGUACAUGUCAUGCCAGGGCAAUGCUCGAAUCCUUGCCUUUCUAGAGUGGUGUGAGCACGAGAAUUCCUGCUUCCUUCACGGAAACAGUUUUCACGGGACAGGUGGCCGUGGAAACAAGUACGCGCAGAUGCGUUAUACUUUACGACUCCUCAGAGCCAUGGUUUAUCUUGAAGAUGAGAUUGUAAACACUGAUCUCUGUGAAAGGGGGGUUAUUCAUCAACUAAUAGGAAUCUUUAAAACUAUGGCAAGCAGACCCGAUGAAAAGGAAGAUGCCAUUGCCUUGGAGAUCCAGUCUGAUGCUUUGCUCAUCCUGUCGGGGCUCUGCGAGCAUUAUAUUCAAAGGAAGGAAAUGUUUGGAACUGAAGGAGUUGAUAUAAUUCUUCAUGUAAUGAAAACAGACCCCAAGAAGUUACAGAGUGGCUUAGGCUACAAUGUCCUUCUUUUCAGUACCUUAGACAGCAUUUGGUGCUGCAUUUUGGGAUGCUAUUCUUCUGAAGAUUAUUUCCUUGAAAAGGAAGGGAUUUUUCUCCUUUUGGAUAUAUUGGCACUGAAGCAAAAGAAAUUCUGUAAUCUGAUACUUGGAAUAAUGGUUGAAUUUUGUGAUAAUCCCAAAACCUCUGCUCAUGUCAAUGCUUGGCGAGGGAAGAAAGACUUAACUGCUGCUAGUCUCUUAAUUAAACUGUGGAGAAAGGAGGAAAAGGAACUAGGAGUAAAACGUGAUAAAAAUGGCAUGAUUGUUGAUACAAAGAAACCUCUAUUUACUAGUUUUCAAGAAGAACAAAAGAUUAUGCCCCUUCCUGCUAACUGCCCAUCUGUUGCAGUUAUGGAUGUCGCUGAGAAUAUCAGAGCAAAAAUUUAUGCUGUGUUGGGAAAACUAGAUUUUGAAAACUUACCUGGCCUCUCUGCUGAAGAUUUUGUCACCCUCUGUAUAAUACAUAGAUACCUUGAUUUUAAAAUUGGAGAAAUAUGGAAUGAAAUAUGUGAAGAAAUAAAAUUGGAACAAUUAAAACUAGUCACUUCAGAUAAAAUGUCUUUGGAAUCUAUUACAGCAGCAACAGAAAACAUUGGAAAGAUGGUUGCUACCCUGCAAAGUGAGAUGAUUGAAAGCCAAGCACGCCAAGAUGUGCAAAACGAGCAAAGAGUAUAUGCAAAGAUACAGGCCACGCACAAGCAAAGAGAACUGGCUAAUAAAUCAUGGGAAAACUUCUUGGCUAGAACAUCAAAUGCUAAAACACUAAAGAAAGCAAAAGCGCUCCAGGAAAAGGCUAUAGAAUCCUCUAAAUACAGUGAACGACCACAAAAUGCACUAUUUCACCAAACAGUUAUUAAAGGCCUUAACACAACGGUACCUUCAGGUCGGGUGGUGACAGUGGAAAGCACUCCUACUCGGUUACUGGGAGGACCUCUGGCUGACACAGACAUGGCUCUUAAAAGACUGCCUGUUCGAGGAGGAGCCUUGCAGAGGGUGAAAGUGAAGACACUGAAUGAGCCAAAAAAGACCGCCCCUAUCUGAUAGGCUCCAGACCUUUAUGAAAUACGUUCUACUUAGAACUGUUUAGCUGAAUGUAUAUUUAUAUACAAAUGUAAGGCAAAAGGUUAGAAUAAAUAUUUUAGAAAAUAUUAUAAAAUUAAAGUCAGGAUAAUAUAGUUUAUUUUUUAUUAAAAAGCAUCAAUAUACGCAUCAGAAAAGCUUAUCUUUUCCACUAUCUUUGGAAAAGCUGUUGCUCCCUUAACUAAAAUUGUAAUGUUUGUUUAUCAGUUAGGACUACCCUGAAGGACACUGUUGUAGACUUCAUAUCUUCCUUCCUGAGUAAUGUAGACUGUGGGCACUGUUGGAUCAAAGGAAUGAAACUGACUUAGGAGGGAUUUCCUUCCAGCAGCCCCACCAUACAUUCUUCCCACAGAGAAGAGUAGAUACAUUUUCUCAAUAAUUUCUGCUGCUCCCUCUGCAUCAUGGAACCCUCGACUGAUCACAUGCCCACUCCAGAGCAUCUCACCUUGAAGUCACACACAUCUUCCUUCCUUGCUCUUGGAGCCAUAGACAGUCCACAGUCAUCUAAAAUACCUUGAUGGAGUCAGAAGUCAAGGCACUAUCGAAUGAAAGACACAUGAACACCAGGAACAACAAAUAAUAUGUUGGUGAAAGUAGAAAAUAAAUGUAUCUAUUAUAAGAGGCAAGUGUCAGUCACAAGCUAAGCAGCAAAAAUCAAAAUACAGAUACAGUUGGUUUUACUAUUAAUAUAUAAAUUUUCAAAGUGGUGUUGGAGAGAUGGCUUAGUGGUUAAGAGCACUGGCUGCUCUUCCAGAGGUUCCGGGGUUUAAUUCCCAGCAACCACAAGGCAGCUCACAACUCCACUCCCAGAGGAUCUGAUCCCUCUUCUGGUACCUUUGAGUACCAGACACUCACAUGCACAGACAUACAUAUAGGUGAAACUCCCAUAUACAUAAAAAAGAUAAAUAAAAAUUUAAGUAAGUUGAAGUUUGCAGCUAUUUCUUU